AAUGAAAUCAUCUCAAGAAUCGAAUGAGUCAAAACAAAAUAUGAAAAAUUCUUUUAUGCUCACGAAAUAGAAUCCAUAAUCUUAACAAAUUAGCAAUUCAUUAUAAAGAUUCUAGACAACAACACCAGUACUUUAUCAAGGCAAAUUCAACGAUAAAAAUCAAAAUUUCGGAAACUACUAACAUUUGCCGGAUCCAAAAUACUUUUAAUAAUUACCCUAAGUAACAAUUUCUUAAGAAAAAUUUGAUGAUGAUGAUUAAAUUGAAGCAAAUUUGUUCUAAGCUAAGCCGAAUAUAUAUGACUUAGAAAAAGAACUAAUUUUUGAAAUAAAGACAUUAUAGAAGAUGAUUAAAUUAUCUAACACCUAAACUUAAUAGUUGCCUGGAAUCAUUAGUAUAAAAACAAAAGACCAAUCAAAUAGUUAAGACCUAAAUAGAGUUGGAGUAGACUUGGUAAUGUUUUAACUAAAUUAGAGAUUUGUUUGAUUGAUAAAAGCACAAGUAUGAAUGGGAGUAAAAUAGAGACUGUAAAAUAAAGUUUGAAAGUUCUAUUAACAUUUUUAACAGAUCAAGAUCGUUUAUAACUAAUUAUUUUUAAUAGCCAGUCUCAAAGGUUAACUCCAUUGAAAAGAACAACAGAAGAUAACAAAUUAUACUUUACAUAAAUGAUUGAUUCAAUUAAUUCUACCGGAGGAACAUAAAUAUCCUCAGCCACCGAGAUUGCUUUUCGCUAGUUAAAGGGGAGGAAGUAUCGAAAUACUGUGAGCUCAGUCUUUUUACUUUCUGAUGGCCAAGACAAUGUUGCCACCUAAUAAAUAUAAAUAUAAUUAUAAUAACUAGAUGAGGAAUUUACUAUGCAUACGUUUGGAUUUGGAUAAGAUCAUGAUGCAGCUAUGAUGACAUCUAUAUGUAACUUGAAAAAUGGAAGUUUUUAUUUCGUAUAGAAUAUUUCUUUAUUGGAUGAAUUCUUUGUGGAUGCUUUAGGAGGUUUAAAAUCGGUUGUGGGCGAAAAAUUAAAGAUGAAAGUUAAUUUGAAGCAUCCUGAAAUCUUAAAUGGUUUGAAUAUUUCUAAGACUCAUGGAAAUAAGUGGAUUAAUAAAGGGGAUUAUUAUGAGAUCAAUCUUCCAGUAUUAAUUUAAGGAUCCAGAAAAGACUUUGUGUUUGAAUUGGAACUACCUAAAUUAAUUGCUCAAAUUUAAGAUAAUGAAAGAAAUGCUUUGAUUAUGGAAGCUCUGCUUUAAAUUACUGAUCCAUUGUCGAAAAAGGAAUUGAAAAAAUCUGCAACUCUGAUUUUGACAUUCUUUAAUCAAGAUGAAUAAAUUUACUAAAAUGAAGAAGAUAUAGAAGUUCUUGAAUAAUAUAAUAGAGUGUUAGUAGCUAAAGCAAUCGAUGAUGCAAGAAAAUCAUGCCAAUAAUAGUAGUUUGAUAUGGCUUAAAAUUAAAUAGACAACGCAAUUGUACGAUUAGAAACUAAUAAACAAAUUUCUUCAUAGGCUCCAUCACUAAUUAAGGAUUUAUAAUAAGCAAAGCAAGCAUCUAUGAGAGGAACCUUUAAUUCAUAUGGUUUAGGAUAAAUGAUGCAAUUAAGUAGCAAUAGUUACCAACAACAAGGAGUCAAUUCAGUUUUUUCAUUAGAUGGAUAGCAGUAAUAAUAAAGUGCUCGGCUUUAAAGUUAUUCUAACAACUUAUAACAGAAUAUGGUCCAAUAAAUUCAAUUAAGGAAAACUCAAAAUGAAAAUGGAAACUGA